AUGAAUACGGAAAAUGGUGUCAUGCUAGCAAGAAAGGCAGAGAUAGACACAAGAGCUCCAUUCCGGUCCGUCAAAGAGGCCGUUUCAUUGUUCGGUGAGAAAGUUUUGGCUGGAGAGGUUUAUGCUACUGCAAACAAGCUCAAAAAGAUACAGAGUGGAGCAAUGGAAAAUGGAGUUGAGUGUUCGAGAAUUGAGAACGUUGAAGCUGAGCUAGAGGAGACGCGAGAAAGCUUGCAGAGGGCGAGGGAGGAAAGCAUGUUGAUGGCGCAUUGUCUGUCUUCUCUUCAAGAAGAGCUUGAACGCACGAAGCAAGAGCUUCAACAACUGAAGAAAGGGGAAACAGAGAAACAUGCGGUGGAAACGGAAAUUGAGGAUGUUAAGUUCGUUGAGAAUUUGACAACGUUUGAAGUGAAGAGUUCGAGAUUCGACGAAGAAAAGAUGGAGUUUCAAAAGAAGAGGUACGUGACGUUCGCGAAUCCUCCAUCAGUGUCGCACGUGACAUUACCGCAACACGGGGUUGAAAAGUUGGAAAGGCACCCUUCUCUGAGGAAGAAGAAGAAGUCAUUGAUUCCACUGAUAGGAGGCAUUUUCUCAAGGAAAAAGGGAAGCCAAGAAGUUGCAUGA